UGUAUGUACUUUCGAAACAAAUAAGCUAAUGAUCUAAUAUGCAAUUCAAAUAAUUUGUUAGCCUUGCUUUGAAUUUUCAUGCUGUCGAAAUUUCAACUAUAUAUUAUCCAUGUGAAGCUGACUAGUGAGCAGUGACAACGACUUCGUGCACUGAAAAAGUCAGCGAAACGCGUUACUCCAUUUCUUUGCCUCAUUCAUGUACUAAUAAUCUCCAUGGAUGCAAAUAUCGUUUACCUUAUUUUUAUUAUAUCAAGUCUUCGUCUCCUUUCUCCUUUCUCCUCUGUCUGCUGCAUUUUGAAGUUUGAACCCAACUCCUAUAUAUUUUCUUCUUCUUUUCCAUCAUCACUUCUCCUUCUUGUUCUUGUUCUGCCUUUGCAACAAUGAAACCUCUUUGUCGUCUUCGCCGUCUAUCUUCCAUAUGGAUGUUCAUCUUGGCUCUUAUUGCCAUGGCAACCCACGUUCCAACAUCUGUAGGUGCUGCUGAUAACGUUAGUUACUUGGCGUGCAAGAACACUUUAAGCUGCGGAUCCAUCAGCCAACUCACUUACCCUUUCUGGGGUCAAAUUGACAACACUAAUAACAGGUCAAACUAUUGCGGUGAGCCUAACUUGAAGAUCACAUGUGAAGAUAACAACAAUAAUAAUGGAGUCCCAAAGUUCAUAGUGGAUUCUGUCAAAUACAGGAUUCUUGAUUGGGACAUCGGUAAAGAGAAUCUGACAGUUGCUAGGGACGAUUACUUUAGUACUAGCAUUGAUUUCUGUUCAGGAGAUUUCAGCAACAACACCUUGGAUGAAACCAUACUUCAAUAUGAUGAUAACAGUGUUGUUAAUAUCACACUCUUGUACAAGUGUUCUUCAGAAACAAAGCCUUCGGAUCAGUUUAAGUUUGUUCAAAGUUGCAGCAGCGGUAGUGUCUACUAUGCUGAACAACAAGAUAAUGAGGCGCUGCCUUAUUAUGGAAGUUGCAGCACUGUUAUUUUUCCUGUUUCAAAGGCCCUAGCUUCGACUUUUGCUAACAGUGCCAAUAACCCCAUUACUACUACAAUUCAGCAAGCGUUGGAAAGUGGUUUUGGCUUGAAAUUAUUGCCUCAGAUUGAUGAUCAGUGCAGAGGAUGCACUAACUCAGGUGGCAAUUGUGGUAGCAAUGAUGGACAUUUCGCCUGUUUCUGUAAUGAUGGAACUCGUUCUAAUUCUUGUUCAUCGGGAUCAUCUUCAAAGUGGAACUGGCGGCUUAAGACAGCUAUAGGUGCAACAGCAGCUGGUGUUGGAAUUGUUGUAGUCUUUGCUGUGGUCAUUUGCAACCGCAAGAGAUACUUCAGUUUAGCACAAAAGAGGUUAAUCUUUGGAAAAACAGGGGAAUCUGAUGACCAGAAUGUGGAGGAUUUCAUCACAACUUAUGGCUUUCUGGCCCCAAAGAGAUAUAGUUUUUCAGAAGUGAAGAAAAUCACAAACUCAUUUUGUGAUCAAUUAGGCAAAGGGGGAUAUGGUGUUGUGUACAAAGGGAAGUUAUCUGAUGGUCGUCUUGUUGCAGUGAAAGUGAUAAAUGAAUCAAAAGGGAGUGGAGAAGAAUUCAUAAACGAGGUUGCUAGUAUUAGUAGAACAUCUCAUGUGAACAUUGUCUCGCUUUUGGGAUUUUGCAAUGAGAGAAACAAAAGAGCACUCAUUUAUGAGUUCAUGUCUAAUAGCUCAUUGGAUAAGUUCAUUUAUGGAAAUGGAUCUCCAACUCCCACUUGCAAUUUGGAUUGGAACACAUUGUAUCAAAUUGCAAUUGGCAUCGCUCGUGGACUAGAAUAUUUGCAUCGAGGAUGCGGUACAAGAAUUUUACAUCUUGAUAUUAAACCUCAAAAUAUUCUCUUGGAUGAAGAUUUUUGUCCUAAAAUUUCUGAUUUUGGAUUAUCCAAGAUAUGUCAAAAGAAAGAGAGUAUUGUGUCCAUAUUGGGAACAAGAGGAACUAUUGGAUAUAUUGCACCUGAAGUAUUUAGUCGCAUGUAUGGUGGCAUUUCGCACAAAUCUGAUGUAUAUAGUUAUGGCAUGUUAAUUCUUGAAAUGGUUGGAGGAAGAAAGAACUACGAAAGUGGAGGGUCAAAUUCCAGCGAGAUGUACUUUCCAGAUUGGAUUUACAAAGAUCUUGAGCAAGGUAACAUACCAUCUCAUAUUCACUCACUUGUGACAGAAGAAGAAAAUGAUCUGAUAAAAAAAACUACUUUAGUGAGCUUAUGGUGCAUUCAAACAAAUCCAUCAGAUAGACCAUCAAUAAAUAAAAUAGUAGAAAUGCUAGAAGGACAAUUGCACUCAAUACCAUUUCCUCCUAAGCCUUUCUUGUAUUCUACUUCAAGUCUACCCUUACAAAUUUCACAUAUAUCUUCUAGCAACAUGGAUGAUCAGUCCAAUUCAAUAACCACGGUAAAAGAUGGCUCCGUAGAAUCAAAGGAAGCAAAAGAGAGAAAGGCUGUGAUAAUUGGUGAUGAUUUUGAUCCUUUUUAUUGCUACUUGCUCGCUCCAAUGACAUACCUCAAAUCAGAAUCCAAAAUUAUUAUUGGCUUUUAUACUCUAGUGCUCUUCUUCAUGACCUCUGUCCUUUCUGAUGAAGGAGAAGCUGCAUACAUGUUGAAGCUUAUGAAUGCACUCAAACCCCCUGGCUGGUCCAACACCACCCACAUGUGCCACUGGACUGGCGUGAGUUGCAACAAUCAAAGUAGAAGGAUUGAAGAGAUCUUUCUCAAAGAAAUGUCACUGACGGGAACAGUUCCUGCAGGCCUCAACGACUCCCUCUCCCAACUCACAUACCUCUAUCUCUCCUACAAUAACCUGGGUGGGCCUGUUCCCUCUCUCGCCAACCUCUCUUUCCUCCAAGUAGCGUACCUCGACAACAACAACUUCACCAUCAUCCCUCAUGGUUGCUUCCAUGGUCUUACUAGUUUGCAGUCCUUGCUCCUGAAUAACAACACCAACCUCCCACCAUGGAACUUUCCUACGGAUUUGACUGCUCACUCCUCUCAACUCGAUGUCCUCGAUCUCUCUUCUACAAAUCUCAUGGGAUCCGUACCCAACAUAUCCCAUUCCUUCCCAACUCUGCGAUAUCUUUCUCUCUCUAACAACAACCUCUCCUCCAUCCCUGAGGAUUGCUUCCACAACCUAACCAGUUUGGACGUCCUCUCUUUGGCCAACAACACCAACCUCCUACCAUGGACCUUCCCCCUCGAUUUGACUCAUUCCUCAUUCAAACUCUCCUACCUCGACCUCCAGGCUACAAAUCUCAUGGGAUUCCUACCAAACUUAUCACAUUUCUUCCCCGACUUGAUUACCGUUUCUCUCUCCAACAACCACCUUACCUUCAUCCCCCAAGGUUGCUUCCAGGCUCUACCCUAUUUGGGGCUGCUGAAGUUGGGAAACAACACCAACCUCACACCAUGGACCUUCCCCGACUUGAUUCAGUCCACAAAAAUACAAGAGCUCAAUCUUGUUGCUACAAAUGUCAUGGGCUCUCUACCAGAAAUAUUUGACUCCUUGACAAGUUUGGAGACUCUUCUUCUCUCCAACAACAGCCUCACUGGUGUCUUGCCUGAGUCUUUUGGAAGGUCCAAGAUUACCACAUUGCACCUCAACGACCAGAAGGGCAAAGGAUUUUCAGGUACAAUGGAUGUUGUUUCAAAUAUGAUCGAUUUGUCUGAGGCGUGGCUUCAGGGGAACUCAUUUGAUGGAUAUAUCCUUGACAUGUCUCGUUGUACUGCCUUACAAGAUUUACGACUUGCGCACAAUCGAUUUACAGGUGUGGUUCCAGAUUCUCUGAUAAAUCUCAGUCGCAAGAACCUGCAAACUGUUAUUUUGAACAACAACUUUUUUCAGGGUCCUAUGCCUAACAUUUUAGGAGAUUCUGACAGUACGAAUGUUGGAGAUAACACCACCAAUGCCUUUUGUCGAGACGACUAUGAUCCUUGUGACGAGAGAGUUACCAUUUUGCUUGAAAUUGCAUCUGCAUUUGGAUAUCCUUAUUUGUUGGCCCGUUCAUGGCGAGGAAAUAAUCCAUGUCAUAAUUGGAGUUUUGUUGCAUGUACUGCGACUAUGAUUACAACCGUGAAUUUGACAAGGCAGAAUUUGACAGGAACUAUCUCAGAUGCAUUUGGUAAAUUAACUCAUUUGGAAAACUUGUAUCUGAGUGGUAACAAUUUAAACGGUUCAAUACCUGAAAACUUCACAUCUCUUCAUCAACUCAAGAAUCUCGAUGUCUCCAACAACAACUUAUCAGGAAAAAUUCCCAAUUUCUCACGUGGAGUAUACCUGAAUACUGAAGGUAACCCUUCGUUUGAGAGAAGAAAACCUUCGGGCAAGAGAAGAAAUCCACCUGCUUGGAUCAAAGGCGCAAUAGCAGCAGCAGCAGGUAUUGGAGGUCUUGUUUUCUUGGUUAUAAUAAUUUGUAACCGAAAGAGGUGUCUUAGCUUGUUACAAAGGAUUUUGUGGAAGAAAACAGGACCAUUUAUUGAUAAUGAAUUUGAAGAAUUUAUGAAAACUUAUGGAUCUUUGAUGUUAAGGAGAUAUAAUUAUUCUGAAGUGAAAAGUAUGACAAACUCAUUUCGUGAUAAAUUAGGAAAGGGAGGAUAUGGCAUUGUAUACAAAGCAUAUUUAAGUGAUGGUUGUCUGGUAGCAGUGAAGGUAUUGACCGAAUCUAGCGGAAGUGGAGAGGAAUUCCUGAAUGAGGUAGCUAGUAUUGGUAGAACUUCUCAUAUGAACAUUGUCUCGCUUUUGGGAUUUUGCUAUGAAAAAUAUAAAAGGGCACUCAUCUAUGAAUUCAUGCCUAAUGGUUCUUUGGAUAAGUUUAUCUACAAACAAGAAUCUCCCAAUGCUAUUUGUAAUUUGGAUUGGAAUACAUUGUUUCAAAUUACAAUUGGUAUUGCAGGAGGAUUAGAAUAUUUGCACCGAGGAUGUGCUACAAGAAUUUUACAUCUUGAUAUUAAACCUCAAAAUAUUCUGUUAGAUGAAGAUUUUUGUCCAAAAAUUGCUGAUUUUGGAUUGGCAAAAAUAUGCAAAAAGAAAGAAAGUAUUGUAUCUUUACAAGGUACAAGAGGAACUCCGGGAUACAUUGCACCAGAAGUAUUUAGCCGAACUUUUGGUAAAGUUUCUCACAAAUCUGAUGUGUAUAGUUAUGGAAUGUUGAUUCUUGAAUUGGUGGGAGGUAGAAAGAACUACGACACCGGCGGAUCACUUACCAGUGAAAUGUACUUUCCAGAUUGGAUUUACAAGGAUCUCGAGGAGCAAAAUAUCCUCGGACGGGGUUUGUCCACUACAGAAGAAGAAAGUGAUAUGAUAAAGAAAAUUACUUUGGUGAGUUUAUGGUGCAUUCAAACAAAUCCAUCGGAUAGACCAUCAAUAAACAAAGCAGUAGAAAUGUUAGAAGGACCACUUCAGUCAGUGCCAUAUCCUCCAAAACCUGUCUUAUAUUCUCCUCAAAUGUCUAUCUCACAGUUUUCACGAAUCUCCUAUAACAGUACAUAUGAGGAGGAUUCUGAGAUUGUUGAGGAGACUAUUUCCAUCAAUAAAAUGAGUUCAAAAUUUGCAAAGUAAAUGUAAUGAAAUGAGUCACUUCUUACACCAUUUGAUUGCAAAACAAUCCGGAGCUUGAAUUGAAGCAAUGAAUAAGCUGAUACUUCAAAGACGGUUGGUAUUGAAUUCCUCCGUGAAGCUAUAUUUGAAUGAGGUUAUUUUUUUUUUAAUGCAUUUUUAUCAACACAUGGACAGAUAAUAAAUACAUAUAUAGAAUAAAUUAUAUUUCAUUUAAGUUUUAA